CCCGAAACCGUCUGCCGUCGCCGUUCUCAAUCGAGGGAGGACGUCUCGGCCGGAGUCAGUCAGCUUGAGCUAGGGUUCGAGGGUCAUCGGAAGGAGGAGGCGAAGAUGAUCGAGGUGGUGCUGAAUGACCGCCUGGGGAAGAAGGUGCGGGUCAAGUGCAACGAGGACGACACCAUCGGCGACCUCAAGAAGCUGGUUGCGGCGCAGACGGGGACGCGCCCCGAGAAGAUCCGCAUCCAGAAGUGGUACAACAUCUACAAGGACCACAUCACCCUCAAGGACUACGAGAUCCACGACGGCAUGGGCCUCGAGCUCUACUACAACUAGCUGCCCUGUCUGACUACACAUGCCCCUGCUUAUCAGAUUGAUCUGAAUUCUGAAGCCAUGGGUGCAACUCCAAUCGCAGUCGCUUAAGCUCACAUAUACAUAAGCAACGUCAGUGAGCUAGCUAUGCAAGACAUUGGUUGUGCCAAACUUUCAGCGACUCUUGACAGCCUCGCAAUAUUGUUGUGUGAAAUACAGAACUGCAAGAGCAAAAUAAAAUACUGUUGUGGCA